CGCGUGUUUGAUUAUGUACGCAUGACGCAUUGGUGUAGGUAGGUACGUGUGUGUGUACAGUCGACCGUCGCUCCUAUACCCUCGGCGUCAUCAACUGCUGGCGACCGCGACCGGCGUCGGUUUUGCGCGCCACCACGCCGGUAUUUAAAUAUUAUUGUUAUUAUGACAGCGAUAAUGAUAUAUAAAUUAUAAAAUCACAAUCGUGCGCAAGUUUUUUCCACCCACAAUUAUUAUUAUCAUUAUUAUUAUCGAACGCAUAUCAUCCGCGACUAUAGAUGCCGGCCACUAUAGGUACCUAUCUAUUUAUCGCCACCGCCGCCACCACCUCAGAGUUAAUCGUAAUAUUAAUUCUUACGACGGUAUCGUGCGGUUUCGUUGCCAGCGCAGUAUAAUACACGGUCGUUUUCUAUAACAUCAACUCUAAAUUUAAGUCUUCCGACAAACGAGGAUUGCGAAAUAUUAUUAUUACCCACCUGCAAUUAGCCAGUCUUACACUCGUCACUAGCCUAUGGAAUCGAAGAUCGAGUAGCAUCGUCGUGCGUAAUCGAUCGGUCCCGUCAUGGCUAACAAUACGGAAAAAUGGGCUGAAGAACAGGAGCCCAACUCUUUUCUCUUGGGCGAAGAUCGCAGUGUGCAGCCUGGGUUCGUCAGGCAGAACCGUCGGCAAUCCGGUAAUGUUGGAGUAUUUAAAGAUGACAAACGAACGGAAAAGACACAUGAAGAUCCAGUUUCUAUGGCCAUCGGCGAAUUCGGCCGAUGGCAAGCUAUGCUUACUUUAAUUUUGUCCUUGUUAAAUUUGCCUUGUACAUGGCACAUAUUCGUACUAACGUUCCAGGGGGCAGAUACGGACUUCUGGUGUACACCGCCGCCGGGUGUACUGAACCGGAUAUCCGUGGAUGAAUGGAAAAAUUUAAGUGGUGUAAUCCCCGAAUCACCAACAAGCAAUGUUUCAGUAUACGAUCCUUGUCAUUAUCGUGACUUCGACUACGAAAGUUUACUCGGUAAAUUUAGUUACAAAGAAUUACUUAAAAAUAAAACAGAUCAAUAUGAGCUUAAAACGUGUUCUUCGUGGCAGUUCAAUACUACUGAAUUCGGCGAUACAAUCACUUCCGAAUGGAACCUAGUUUGUGACAGAAAAGAAUUAAAAAACUUUGCUGAGAUGAUGUUCUUGAUGGGUGUUGCUUUUGGAGGUUUCUUCUCAGGACUCGUGUCAGACAGAUUUGGUAGAAAGAAGACGUUGAUGGCUUCCUUAAUCAUGCAGUUGGCUCUUGGCAUUUUAGUCGCUAUUUGUCCUUGGUUUGAAUUCUAUCUGGUAUUGAGAUUUAUUUUGGGAUUUGUUUGUGUGAGCAUCGUCUUUAGUGGUUUUGUGUUGUGCAUGGAACUGGUCGGUGGUAAGUGGUUGACAAUCGCUGGAGUUCUUUACUUGCUCCCGGUUCCGAUGAGUUACAUUAUAAUAUCCGGAAUCGCAUACAUAUGCAGAGGAUGGAGGUUACUGCAGUGGUGUGUCACUUUACCCGCCGUAUUUUUCUUGGUUUUGCAUUGGUUUGUUCCCGAAUCGCCAAGAUGGUUAUUGGCCAUGGGCAGAGUGGAUGAGACUAUGGAAGUUCUGGAAAAGGCCUCUAAAAUCAAUAAGCACCCCUUGCCAGUGAAUAUGGACAAAAUUCUUAAACAAAGUAUAAACAAAUUCGAAAUUAAUGGCAAACCUAAAGUACGAGUUUCAGAUUUGUUUCGUACCAAAAAUAUUAGAAAGAUAUCCCUUGUUUUAUACAUACUUUGGUUCAGUCUUUACUUAGUAUACUAUGGGCUUGUACUUAAUCUGUCUAACAUCGGUGGAAAUAUAUACAUUAACACUAUAAUAUCAGGUUUGGUCGAAAUUCCAGCAAUAUUGAUUAGUGUGGUAAUAUUGCUCAAAAUGGGUCGAAGAAUUCCAUUGUGCCUUACCAUGGUAGCUGGAGGAAUUGCGUGUUUGCUAACUACGAUUCUACCAGCAGAUACGGAUGAGUGGAUAUCGCUAUCUUUGGUGAUGGCUGGCAAAUUUUCCGUGUCGUCGUCAAACGUUAUUAUGCCUCUCUACACAGCCGAAUUGUUCCCAACUGUCAUAAGGAAUUUAGGCGUGGGAACUUCAAAUAUACCAGCAGGAAUUGCACUUAUUAUGGUGCCAUACCUUUGGAACUUAUCUCCGUUGAGCAAAGUCUUACCGUUAUUGGUACUGGGAACAGUCAGUGUCAUUGGUGGCUUGUCUGUACUUAUGUUACCAGAAACAGGCAGUUAUCUUUCUGAUACAUUAGAAGAAGUAGAGGAUUGUAUUAGCACAUCAAAUAAUACACAGAAAAAAUAUAUCGAUACAAUAAGUAGUAACGUACAAAGUUCGCCAUCCGAGAAAGAAUAAUUCUUCAUAAUAGACAUUAUACGGUUUAUUAUUUGUUUAUUAAUUUGUCUUCCUAAUCGUUUUAUUACGUUUUGAUAAGUAUUUUAAAAACAUAUUUUUUUUAUUCAUUCUGCAUAUUUCUGUGAUAAUUAUCUAAAAUUAUAGUUGAUCAAUAAGUCAACGAAAGUACUACACCGAUAGUCUAUAUUAUGUUAAUAUAGUUUUAUAAAAAAGUAAAUAGAAUUAAGUAAGUUCUUGUAAAAAACUGAACUGACUUUGUCAAUUUUUUUUUUUUUACAAAUUAUUGCCUGUGGAUAAUAUAAAAUACAUUGUUAUCCAUAGGCACUUGUUAUAUAAGUAUAGUUAUAUCUUUAUUUGUAUUAAAUAUUAUAAAAUGUAUAUAUUUUAACGAUUAAAUUCAUAUAGUAUUAUGUAUUAUGUAUAUGUAUAUUCUAUAUUAAUAAGAAAAAAAAAAUAUUAACUUUAAUCAUAAUAUUUAAAGAUAGAUAAAUAAUAUGUUGUUAUUUUUUUUUUUGUUAACCUUAAACUACGCGAAAAGUAUUAAAAUAAUGGAUUUUAUUGAUUUAUAAAAACUUGUAUUAUAUAAACUUAUAAUAUGAUAUCGGAAUAAUUGACCAAGACUUAAUAUAAAUAUAUUUAAAUAAUGCUGAUUAUAUUUUGAUUUCUUGUAAUGUCCUAUAGGCUAUAGUAAGUAAUACCUACUGCGUUUUAAUUUUCAAAAUCUUACCAAGUAUUUACGACAACAAAUAAAGAUAAACAUGUAAGACACCUACCUACUAUGUAAGUGCAGAAUAGUGGGUCAUAAUUGUAUAUCUAAUUGAAUAGGUCGGUUCUUGGAAUUCGAAUAUAAUAUAUUUUCAUUUCAACCUUCGGGUACCUUCGUAUAAACAUAUUGUAAGGGAAAUAAGACUUAUUUAUAAUUUAAUCAGUCCAAGUUUGUUGAAAGUUGUUAGGAAUAACAUCUAAAGAAUGAAAAACGAGGAAUCUAAACAGGUUUUCAUUAUAUUUUUUAUCGCCUUUUAAAACGAUCAGAAGACGGAAAAAUAGAUAUUUUUAGGAGGAAAAAUUGCCUGAUUGAAUUCCACUUGAGUUGCUUUUUGUUUACAGUUUUUUAUUCAUUUGAAAACAAUAUUAAAUUAACGAUUAACAGUUAAUAUUAUAUUAAAUUGGUUUCGAUUAUAUUUAUUUAAUAUAUAAUAUAUUUUUUAUUUAUUGGCUGUCAUAAAAACUCCCAUUUAUUAAAGCAUCACCACAUAACAUACAUUAUAUUUUAACACGUUUAGAUUCACAAUUUGGUUUUGUUGGUUUGAAAAUUCGUGCGUGUUUUUUACAGUAGGUUUUCUGGUCCAGACACAGGUUACUUAGCAAGUAUUGGAUAAAUGUUAAGUUUUAUUUUGGCUUCUUGCCACCUGAUGCCUAUAUAUUCGUUGUAUCAUUAGUUAGUCAGUGUAUGUGUCUAUUGACAUAAAUCUAUUUACAAUUUUGUGAAUUAUCUUUUACGAUAAGUUUUUGAAUUCAGAUUUUAGUCAAGUAUGAUGUGGUGCGUGAAUCAUAGAGAAUACAAUGUACCUGAGCAAUACCUACUCAAAAUUGGUACUCAGAAUGCAGUUUUGGACUAGCUAGUAAUAUUCACUACGUCUUAUCCGUUAUUAUUUGGCGUGUUCUAUAAACAUCAUUUAAUCUUGAAAACAAAAAGUCAAAGUUAUUACCCUAGUGUAAACUUAAGUGGCUAUUAAGAAUACGAUAUAUAGGACAUUUUUAUUUUGGUUUUAUGGCCUUUUAUAGCGAAGCUCUUUAAGAGGGUCUGUUGUCAAAUUGCCGAGAAUACCGUAUUAUUUACUGCUGCUGGGACAGAAAGAAAAAUAAAACCUACUCCCUCCUCCUUCCACGUCGUAGUCUGACAAGCCUAAAUAAAAAAGUGCUCUCACUGGACUCGCAGAAACGUAUGAUUAAAAACAACAUUUCGCUCUCGCACAAAUCAAAUUUAGACGAGCCGUAAGGCUAAAUACCUGCAAUAUUAUAAAAUUAAAUUCUGUAUGUUAUCUCAAGAGUUAAAUUCGUUAUGGGUACCUACAUGAUUGAUUGAUUAUAUAAUUUGUGUAGGUACUUAAUUAAUUAUAAUUAAUUAUCUAAUUGUACAUUUUUUCGAUGAUUUAUUUUUAUUUUUAUAAUUUAUAAUUUAUUUCUAUAGUGUCUAAU